AUGGCGGACAACGCCGCCGGAGGAGGAAUCAUCGUCGGCGGAGGCGGCGCAGUCACGGCCGGCCUGCCGCCCACGCCCAAGCCGCCCUCGGCCAAGACGACGACCAUCGCGCCCAUUGGCGUCGCGCCGUCCAUCUCGCCCACGACGACAGUCUUGCCCCACACGCCUGCGCCGUCAAGCGUAGCGCCGACGAUUGACCCGCCGCCGCCGUCCUCGGCAGUAUCGAGCCCGUCCUCGCUCCCGCCGCCACUCGCGUCGUCGUCUUCCUCGCCCUCACCCCUUCCUUCCAACUCGACCUCUCUUGACCUGUCGUCGUCCUCUGUCGCGCCGUCCGGCACCUCGAUCCCGGCAUCCUACACGCCCAAAUCGGGCAACGGGCUGCCCUUCUCCACGCCCGUGCUUGUCGGUGUCAUCGUCGGCGGCGUGGUCCUCAUCGCCUCCGUGCUCGGCUGCUGCUGGCUCUUCGCGCGGCAGCGCAAGCGGCGCGGUGACGACGACGACGCGUUCGGCAUGGGCAUUGAAUGGCGUCGCUCAAACGCAGGAUACACGCGCUCAGACGACGCCGCGGCUGCGCAGCAGCAGCAACAAAAGCAGCAGCGCCCGCUCCCGACCUCCACUAUCCCGCGCCACGCACUGACGAGCCACGAGGCGCGCGACAGCGUCGUGCGCUCCGGCGCCGCGGCACGCAACGCCAAUGCGCACGCGCAGGCCCUCGCGCCCCCGCAGGCAUUCUACCGCUCCGAGUCCAACGACCGCGCCAGCACCGCCUGGACGGACAACUCGGAGAUGGACGUCUGGGCCGUCGCGGGCAGCACGGCCGGCGCGCGCACCAUGAGCACCGUGAGCCGCCCCAACUCUGAAUACUCGCUCGAGCACGACCCGGGAUCGACGUGGUCCGCGCACGACCACGGCACGUUUGGAGGUGCCGCCAGCCACCCUGCGUUCCUGCCGCCCAUGGGUGGUGGCGGCGGCGCGGUGCGCCCAGCGCCUGGCAGCGCCGUCCGCUCGGCGAGCGCGCCGUUCGUCAACUCUGUACAUGGCAGCACGGCGGGAUACGACGUCGGGGGUACAUUCAACGGCUACCCGUUAACUUCGGCUGGUGCGUCCACCUUUGGCGGAUACGCGGCCAACGAGGGGACUUUCGGCGGCUCGCAGACGGGCACGUACGUGUCUACGACGUCCUCUACCGCGGCGUCGGUCAACGGGGCGACUGGACCGCACACGGCUGUCGUCGCGCGCCGGCCCCUGCCGCCGAGACUGGUCGUCGACGCCAAGGGCGGGCAGUGGUCCGAGCCCAGCUCGGCGCUUUCUCCCGCGCCGUCGUCGUCAAACGCGGCGUACUGGUCCAACACUGGUCCAAGCCCAUCAUCAGAAUACCAGGCGCCGUACGCGACACGCAUGGCGCCACGCUCGGGCCUCGCGUCGGCCGCGUCAUCCCCAGCAACGUACACUGGCGGCUCGGCCGUGCGCCCACUCGUGCAGGGCUUUGUGCGCCCGAUGCCCGUGGCGGCCGUGAACGCCAACCAGCUCGACCGGCCCUCCGCACUGCCAUACACGGCCGGCAGCUCCCCCGAGCCCUCGCCUACCGCGCCCACGUCCGGCUCGUCCCUCUCCCGCGGCAUGACCAUCAUCCGCCACGCCGACGCCGGCGUCGCGUUCCAGGACGCCGUGCCCCCGCACGACGACGACGAAGAGCUCCACCUCCCCCCUGCGUAUGGCGACAUUUACGGCGAGCCCGGACAGGCGAGGUAG